AUGGAAUGGUUCAGCGACAGCAGCCGGCGCCAGGGAGUCUGGUGCAUGGGGCGGCGCCCGCCGUUUCCCGGAGCGACGCCAGUCGAUCGCGAACCGCACACCGCUCACACUAUGAUGUAUCGUCACCACAUCAUAGCGUUCUACCUCUUCUACACUUUACAAAUAGUAUGUGCAAAAAUAAACGGUGGCCCUAGAGGGCGUUUUGUCAACAAUACUCAGAUAGCACCCACGAAUUAUCACGUGAACGCGCAUCAUACACAUUAUUCUUAUCAUCCCCCGAAUCACAUCGCGUUUAUUUGCAGAUAUUGUACGCAUCCAGCGUUCUAUCCUGUUUACAACAGUGCGCUACCUACUUACGUUUACAAAUUUCGAGAAUCGAAUGAUCGAUAUUCAGUUUUGCUAACGGGACUGUCCUUGUACAAUUUGGGAAGGUGUUGUGGACAAACGAACUCAAACAAUUACACUCCGCGCGCCGAAGAACAGUGUUCUAUUCAAAUUAUCGACAGAAGACACUUCGAGGAGGCGAGAUUUCCAUGCUUUAUUAUGUCGUCCUUCAUGGAGCACAACCAGUCAAAGUUUCACGAUGCACUUUCGUUGAAAAGUAAUGCUACUUUAAACGAUACUCGAACUACUGAGGCGCCUAUAACGUUUGACAUUGUGUCAGCCAACGUGGACGUUAAGCCAUUCAUAAGUAAAAAUAUGACUGAGCUAGUUGUUAGCCGUGAUCAGGACUGUGUGAUAUGGCACAAUAUGACGAUGACGAAAGAGAGACAUACCUUGUCUUGUUCCUUAUUGAAGGAAUACGCUGAAACCAUGAGACCUGCCGGAGUUCCUGUGUAUAUAUGGAUGCCAUCGCUUUUGGCGGUAAUCGUUGGAAUCUACAUUUUCAGCUAUUGCUGUUGUAGAAAACAAAAGGACAAGAAAGAAGGUGUACCUCUGAAUCCAAAUAGUGUAUACAGAUACUGCUCAAAUUAA